AGAUUGCUGAGGGAGACGUGGACCUGAGCGGGGCGGUAAGGUCCCGGGCAGAGCAGAGGAAGUGGGAGUCCACGCGGAAUUGGUUGGGGUCUCCUCCCGGAGCGGCCUCACCAUGUCGAAGGUUUCUUUUAAGAUCACGCUGACGUCGGACCCGCGGCUGCCUUACAAAGUACUUAGUGUUCCUGAAAGUACACCUUUCACAGCAGUCUUAAAGUUUGCAGCAGAAGAAUUUAAAGUUCCUGCAGCAACAAGUGCAAUUAUUACCAAUGAUGGAAUAGGAAUAAAUCCUGCCCAGACUGCUGGAAAUGUUUUCCUAAAACAUGGUUCAGAACUGCGGAUUAUUCCUAGAGAUCGUGUUGGAAGUUGUUAAUAUCUGCUACUUGGAACAUAGGAUGACCUUUCCAAAUAAAUAUUGGUAUUGUUGUAAAACUGAAGUCAGGCAUUUAAAACAUGAUGAAAACACCAGUAGCUGAUGAAAUAAUGAAGGGUGACUCUGUCCCUUCUUGUUAUUCACAUGCGUCCUGUGAAGAGGGACUGCUACGUGUAGAGGGUACCAUCUCCACAGAAGACCAUAGUCUGUCAUCGCUACCUCACAACACAUACAGAUAGUUAAUUUGGGCUAAGUGGAUUAUCCAGCUGUGUUUUGUAAGUGGUGGAUGCUUCUGAUAACUCUUUCUGAGAACAUUUGGAAAAUUAAAGUUUACUGAAUCUUCCUAUUUGCGUUAAAAAUUUAAAUGAACUGCGGGUCAUACAUGGCAGUUUGCUUGAUGGCAUCUGACUUGUGCACUUAAAAAUAGUUGAUUCUUAAUUUUAUGUUCAUGAUAAAGGAUAUAGACAUAACAAUGAAUACGUAACUAUCUUUUUGUCAUUUAGGUUUUUUUAAGUUUCAAACUAUAUCAGAGACCCCAAAAUUGAAUUUUUUGAUCUAGCCCUUAUGUGUAAAAUUGAUGUCCCACACCAAAGAGUUUUAACUAUGAUCUUGCAGAAUCCAGUACUUGGUAAGAAUUCAGAAUAAAGUAGAACCGUUCUUUGCUGAGUUAUGUAUCCUUUAUCAGUCUCUGAAUACAACCUUUAAAACAACCUCAAGAAACCCUUGUGUUAUUGAGGCUAGUAUUUCUAAAUAACAUUCAGGAAAAGGGUAUUGGAAAGAUCUGGAAUUCUCAACAGAGCUCUAGGAAAUGCUAAUUGAAAAUUUAUUAUACUGAUUAAAGACCCAGCAUUUAAGGAGGUGUUAAGUUUAGCCACUGAAGUGAUUAAGUGAGGAAGUAGGGAAACCCCAAUGACCAGUUUUCUGGUAAGGAGGAAAGAAACGGAAGACACAAUGAAGGGGAACAGAAAGCUGUAGGAGAGCAUCACAGAACAAGCCAACUGGAUCGGCAGAAGUGCAGUGUGUGUUGUGGAGAACUGAAGGGGAAAAGAAAAUAUAUGACAUUUCAGAAGGAGCAGAAGGCAAUUAGAGAAAGCAAAGUGUAGGCUUUGUCAACACACAGACUUCAGAAUUCCCCUUAUGAUAAUCUAAAGAAUGAUAUGCAUAAGGGAAGAGUUUAUUUACCCUUACAGAGGAAAUCAAUAUCUAUGCAGAUCUUGAAAAGAUGAAAGGAAGGCUCAUAGUGAUUCAGAUUCAGUGCUUGGCCUGCUGUAUCCUGGAUGGUGAGCUCCCUGGAGGCAGGCUUUGUGUCUGUCGUGCUCUUUCUAGACCUGGAAGUGUAAUAGGCUUUCAAUAAGUACAUGCUGAAUUAUUCAUGAAUAAAGUAUCUCUUAAGACCAAUUUUUAUCUAAGUGUGUUUCAAUUAUAUUCCCUGUCAUAGGCCCUAAUAGGUUCAUUGGGAAAAAAAUGUAUAAGGAGAUGUAACCGGGUCAGCAUCUCAAGGGUGACAUUGGUAGUUAAGUUUAAGAAAUUAACCAGUUGUUGUCAUAUAUUUGACAAGUGAACAAUAAGAUUCUAAAUUGUGAAGGUAAUAUUUGGGGAAGUUUUUAUUUUUCUAAACAAAACUGAGGCUCAAAGACCCCAGGUUUUUUACAUCAUUAAGCCUCAGUUAACCAGAAAUUUAUGAAUACCCAUUCUGUUAAUUUUUAAAUUUAGACUUCCUUCAUCCUGUUUCCACAACGAAAUCUGCCUGCUGUGUUAUGUAAGUUAUGAUGUCCUGUGCCAUAAAGUGAUUUAAUAUUUUUCUUCUUUGGUUUUGAAAGUUUUGUUGUAGUAAAUUAAACACAUUUUCCUAAAGAACUGGACAUUUUGUUAUUAAAUAAAUGUGAUCUGUAAGUUCUUUGUGCAGAAUGUUUUGAAGCAAUCAUAUUUUGUUUAAAUACAUUAUUGGUACAUAAUAUCGUAUGAAAAUACAUUUGUCAUACUGUAAA